UGUUGUUGACAAAGGACAGCUGGAUAUAUAAAGGGCCCCAUUCCCUUCAGUAGCUUAGGGCCUCAUCAAACCUAAAUCCGGUGUUAUCCCCACUUUUUUAGGAAAAGCUGGAGACGGUUUCUAGGAGAUAAAAAUAGGACUCUUCCUUCUGGGGCAGAAGGUUUUUCAUGGAAGCACCGCCACAGCCAAGAACAUCGGGUAUAAGGAAGGAGUACCCGUGCCCGGAGUGCGGGAGGAAUUUUAAACGGAACUCUCACCUUGUCCGACAUAAAAGGCUCCACACGGGCGAAAAGCCUUACAAAUGCCCGGAGUGUGGGAAGAGCUUCCGGCAAAGCACGGAUGUUAAUACACACAGGAGAAUCCACACAGGAGAAACGCCCUUUCACUGCAACCAGUGUGGGAAAAGCUUCCGCUACCGGACGGGUCUCGUGAAACACGUGAGGGGCCACGAGGAAGAGAAAGCGAAGGCCUGCCGGAGUUGCCUGGAAUGCGGGAAAAUCAUCAGCGGCACUUUAGUCUCCGUUGCCAGCCAGACGUCCCACGCGGUGGGAAGAUCCCAUAAAUGCCCCGACUGUGAGAAAAACACCCAAGAGAGCUCCCAUCUUGUCGUGCACAUACCGGGCCGUGCAACGGAAGAAAACUAUAUGUGUCCCGACUGCGGAGAAGGGUUUUGCCACAGCUUUCAGCUUAUUGGACACAGGAACCUCCACGCCAGAUUUCAGAUUCCUAAUCCCGGUACUCUCUGUGGCCUGGAGCCGGGCGUGGCGCCUUUGCCCUCGGACCAUCAGGAUGAGGAGCAGAGGGAGAGUCCAGGAAGCAUCUGUAGAGCCUGCGAUGAUGCUGUGCCCACGGAGCGUGAGGAAAAGGACCCCUCAUCCCACGAGAGACUUUCUCGGACGUUACUGGGAAGGCUGCAGAUACUGGAUCCCCGAAGGAAAGAGGCCUCUAAGGCCAGGCCAGGCUUCUCCAGGGGGCAAUGGAAACGGCCGGCGGCGAGGGGAAGGGAAUCGGCGGAGGACGGGAGCGCCGCCUCUCCUGUGUGUGAGCGGUUCCUCCGCUCAGAGAGGCGGCACCUCUGCUUCAUGUGCGGAAAGAGGUUCCGGUACGAGUCCCACCUGGUCACUCACGAGCGGAUCCACACGGGAGAGAAGCCCUUUGAAUGCAGCACCUGCCACAAGAGCUUCCGGGACCGCUCAGACCUGAGCAAGCACCAGAAAACUCACUCGGCGGACAAACCCUACAAGUGUCUCGACUGCGGCAAAAGCUUUCACCACCAGUUGACCUUUAUUAGGCACCAGAGGCUUCAUCCCAGGGAGAGCUCCUCCUGCGAUCCGAGCCGGGUGUAUUUUGCCAUCCUCCCCUCGUACCACGUGGGCGCAGAGAUGAGCAUUGGGGAUGGGACAGAGACCCCCGAGAGCCUUGGCUUUCCUUUUAAACAAAAAGCGCAAAACAUUUCGCCGGUGGAACUGCUAUACUGCCAAGAGACUUUUGACUUAGUGCUGCAUAAGAAGACACAACCCUGUGUGUCCAGCACAGCCGCAACACAUCAAAGGGCAGGGGGCAGGAGUGAAAUGGAGAAAGCCCAGAGGACCAUCUCUGGGGAUGCAGUCGGUGUGUGCAGGGACUAAAAGAAUUUAUGCUUCCUUACCCCUCAAAUAAAAAGUACCGAUUCUGGGGCUGCAAAGAACCUUCUGGAUUUUGCAGCCAAGGUAGCAUUUUGUGCCUCAAGGCUGGCCAGAGAAAAAAGCAAGUAAAGGUCUCUUUGCUAUGUUAUACAACUCUGGGGGCAAGAAACAAUGUGAAUAAAAGUGUAGAGGGUCUCAUAAAUCCAAAUUCUGCAUAGGAUACUGUUUUUGCAGAAGGUAAAAAAGGCAUGUGUCGGCUUGCUGGAAGAUGGAGUUCUCUAUCAUUGAGCUUCCAUCUGGUCAUAUCCUGUGUUGUUUUUUAUUUUGUGACCAGACAUUGAGGACAAACAAAAAAGGGAGAGUAAAAUGAUGAAAUGUGACCGUUUGUUUGUUUGUUUGUUUGUUUAGCUGCUUUUUUCUCUUGCUCUUCUUUUUUAUCCUGGAGACUUACUGGACUCUUAAAACUUAGCAAUUAAAAUCAUUUGAUGAUUGCAAAGA